CUUCUCUCUGACUCUUUCUCUCUCAAAUCGAAUCUCAAAGUUUUUUCCUCAUUCUUCUGCGAUUAAAAUCUCUCAACGAACAAUUCAUCUUCUUCAACAAAGCUAACUUAUCUUUCCGCCUUCCGAAGCUAUCUGAUCCCCGAGAAAAAGAGUGAGCGAUCGGCUCAUAUUAUUCGGAUUUGACUCGAUGUUCGCCAAGAAAUUUCUGCAGAAAGCCUCCGGUGGUGGUGCUCAUAAGUCUGCUCCAGCUCCCCCGCCACGUGGAUGUUUGAUAGCAGAAGAUUUGGAUCCACAUGUUGUUUCACACUAUGGGAUACCUUCCACGGCGUCUCUUCUUGCUUUUGACCCUAUUCAGUGCCUCUUGGCUGUGGGAACACUAGAUGGAAGGAUAAAAGUGAUUGGUGGUGAUAACAUUGAGGCGAUUCUUUCAUCCCCUAAGCAGUUCCCUUUCAAAAACUUAGAGUUCAUUGAGAAUCAAGGCUUUCUGGUCAGCAUCUCAAAUGACAACGAGAUUGAGGUUUGGGACUUGGAUCUUAGGAAGGCAGCUUCAAGCUUACUUUGGGAGUCAAACAUAACUGCAUUUUCAAUCCUUCAUGGCACCGGUUACAUGUAUGUUGGUGAUGAGUACGGUAUGGUGUCUGUAGUAAAGUACAAUGCUGACGAAGGAAGAUUGGUGCAUCUUCCUUAUUAUGUUCCAACUGAUGCGUUAGCUGAAGCAGCAGGGCUUUCGUCACCUAUUGACUAUCCUGUUGUUGGACUUCUUUCUCAGCCUUCUUCAAGAGGAACCAGAUUGUUGAUUGCGUUCUCAAAUGGAUUACUUUUUCUUUGGGAUGCAUCAGAAGAUCGUGUGGUGUUAGUUCGAGGGAACAAAGAUCUACCUAUGGAGGGUAAGACAGUCAAUGAUUCUCUGGAAGCCUCACACGAUGAGCUUUCUGAUCUUGAACUAGAUGGGAAAGAGAUAAGUUCUCUGUGUUGGGCAUCAGCUGAUGGUUCAGUUCUUGCUGUUGGUUACGUGGAUGGAGAUAUAUUAUUUUGGGACUUUUCUGAGGGGCAAAAGGGAAAGGCAUCUAAUCAUGCUGUUAAGUUACAGUUGUCUUCAGCUGAGAAAAGACUUCCUGUUAUUGUUAUGCAUUGGUGCUUGGAUGUGACUCGCAAGAAUUGUGGUGGAAAACUUUUUAUCUAUGGUGGUGAUAUCAUUGGUUCUGAUGAAGUACUGACGAUGUUGGCUCUCGAUUGGUCGUCUGGUAUGGGAGGUCUGAAAUGUGUUGGCCGUGUGGACUUGACCCUUAGUGGUUCAUUUGCUGAUAUGGUCUUGUCUCCAAUUGCUAGUUCAAGGCAAAGUGGGGUGUUUUUAUUCCUGCUGACAAAUCCAGGACAAUUGCAAGCGUAUGAUGAUGCCUCUCUAGCCUCUCUGAUGUCUCAGAAAGAGAAUAAUAUUUCUGAUUCUCCGUUGCCAUAUCCAAUGGUUGUACCGACGAUGGAUCCACGGAUGACAGUAGCAAUGUUUGCUGCAUUAAAUGUAAAUGACAAGCCGUCACUGGCUUUAUCUGAGAUAGUCGUAGCUGCAAAAUCUCGAACACCACGUACUCCAUCUGGAGAAAGUGCACAAUGGCCGCUAACAGGUGGUGUUCCAAGCCAUCUUGAUGACUACAAGCUUGAGCGACUGUACAUAGCAGGAUAUCAAGAUGGGUCUCUCCGAAUAUGGGAUGCAACCUAUCCAUGCCUAUCUCUCAUUUACGACUUGAAGCCCAAAGCAAAUGGUAUUGGCAUAACUGGAGUAGAUGCAUCAGUAACAGCAAUUUCUUUCUGUUCUAAGACUUCUUGUUUGGCUGUUGGUAACGAAAGUGGUAUGGUUCGCCUAUUCAAGCUGAUCGGCAAUAAAAGUGGAGGCAAUUUGGAAGUUGUUACCAACACUGACAAACAAGACUCAUUACUUGUAGUUCACCAUUUACAUCAAGAAGAUGGACCUCAAUGGUUGGCUGCGUAUUCCUUCCUGAGUUCCCCAGUUUGCACCCUGGGAUUUGUGCAGUCUACAAGAAGGCUUGCUGUGGGAUUUAAAUGUGGCAAGGUUGCAAUGCUCGACAUUAGUGCGCCAUCAGUAAUGUUUGUUACAAAUAGCUUAUCUGACACCGGUUCCCCGAUCAAGUCACUUUGUGUAAAAUCCUCACCAGCUCCAACUGAUCAGAACUCCAUAAAUUCUGAAGCUCUUGAUGAUUUAAUCUUGUGUGCAAUGACCAAGGAUGGGCAGACCAUUUUUUUCGAUGGCAACAGUGGGAAAAUGCUCGCCCCAUGCUUGAAACCUCUGAAGAACUCAGCUGCGAUUUGUAUGCACAUUAUAGAGAACUGCUAUGAACACUCUGAAAUGCCCAGUGAAACACCAGCUGAAAAUCUAAAUGGGAAGGAGAAACAUGAAAACAAAUCUCAUCUGAUCAAUGCAAGUGAGAGUCAUUCACCAGGUGGUGAACAGAAUGCUGUCACGGAAACAACAUUUGAGAAUUCAUUAUUUCUCAUGUGUUCUGAGGAUGCACUGCGCUUGUAUUCUUUAAAGUCGAUAUCGCAGGGAAGUCUUGAGAGCACUAUGGAGGUAAAUCUUCCAAGGCCGUGUUGCUGGAUGGGAACCCUGAAAAAGGAUGGAAGGGAAUGUGCAGUACUCCUGCUUUACAAAACAGGGCAUAUUGAGAUAAGAUCAUUCCCGAAUCUUGAAGUUGUGGGAGAGAGCUCUUUGCUUUCACUUCUUAGUUGGAAUUUUAAGCCUAACAUGGAGAAGACAGUAUGUUCGGAUGAUUUUGGCCAUCUCUUCCUGGUGAAUGGUUGUGAAGUUUCUAUCCUUUCGUUUCUGGCCCAUGCAAACGGAUUCAGACUUCCAGAGUCUUUACCUAUGCUUCAUGACAAAGUCCUUGCAGCUGCUGCUGACGCUACCUUUAGCCAAUUGCCUGCCCAUAAGAAAAACCAUGAUGGCACUCCCAAAUUCCUAAGUGGGAUUAUUAAAGGCUUCAGAUCAAGCAAUGAACAGAAGGUGGAGCAAGUACUAGAUUUCUCUCACCUGGGGAACAUCUUUUCUAGUCCACCAUACCUAAAGCCUUCUGUUAUCGAUGGCGAUGAUGAGAAGAUUAUCGAGCUAAACAUAGACGAUAUUGAGAUAGAUGAACCACUAAACAUCUUGCCUUCAAAGGAGAAAGACAAAAAAGAAAAGAAAGAUAAGAGAACAGAUAAGGAAAAACUGUUCGACGGUGCAUCCAGCGAUGCACAACCCAAAACAAGAACAGUUGAUGAAAUAAAGGCCAAGUACAGAAAAGCAGGGGAAACAUCAGCAAUAGCUUCACAAGCAAAGGACAAACUUCUUGAGCGUGGAGAAAAACUCGAGAGGAUCAGCCAACGAACAGCUGAGCUCCAAGACGGUGCUGAGAACUUUGCAUCAAUGGCACAUGAACUCGCUAAACAAAUGGAGAAGCGAAAAUGGUGGAACAUAUGAGAAAGCCUGCACACCUGUUUGCUUCAUGUGCAUGUUUACGUAGUCAUUGUGACAAUCGCAGGUUCUUUGCGUACAUAAAUUAAUUAUGUGAUGUUUUCCACAGGUGCAUACUCACUUUCAUUUUAUUUAACAAUCAAAUCUGUAAAAUAGAUUGACCAAAGAGAGCAACCAUAUUAACGUUGAGAAGUUGCUUGUGAGGUGAUUUGAUAUUACCUUCUUUAUGAGACUAUUGUGACCGUCUUUCAAUGUUUUUUACUCUGUUUCAUCGCUUUGUGAAUUGUAAAAUCCAAUGUGUGUAAUAAAAAUGUAGUUUGUC